GCGCUCCGGCCCUGCCCCGUCUCCUGGCCCCUCGGGCUCCGGGCUAGGACAGCGCCCCUCGCAGCGCUGCGGAAAGGCGGGCAGCUAGGUCGGGAGCGCGCGGGACCCUGGACCCGGAGGCGCAGGGACCUCGGCGCACCUGGCGGCUGUCCCGAAGCCCACCUGACGCCGGCGAGAGGGCGGUGUCCGGGCUGCUGCUCCGGGCAGAGCCGCCGCUUCCACUUCCCUUCUCAAAUUCCGCCUUGCCUCCUGCCGUCGUGGGUGUCGCUGAAGGCAUGGACUCAGCUAGAAGAGACCUUCAGCUCCCGGAAGAGGCGAAGGGGCUUCCCUUGCCCCGAACGGAGAAAGGAGCUGGCUGUGACCUUUGCCCUUCACCAGAAGGUCCAGCCUUGAGCUGCAUGGCGGCGCCCCCGCUGGGCCACCUGGUGCUGACCCACCUGCUGGUGGCCCUCUUCGGCAUGGGCUCCUGGGUUGCCGUCAGUGGUAUCUGGGUGGAGCUGCCCGUGGUGGUGAAGGACCUCCCUGAGAGUUGGAGCCUCCCCUCGUACCUCUCUGUGCUGGUGGCGCUGGGGAACCUGGGCCUGCUGGUGGUGACGCUGUGGGGGCGGCUGGCCCCGGACAAGGGUGAACAGGCCCCUAUCAGGGCGGUGCAGGUGCUGAGUGUGUUGGGCAUGGCCCUGCUGGGCCCCCUGUGGCACCAAGUAUCCCCUGUGGCAGGGCAGCCCCACUCAGUGGCCUUCCUAACACUGACCUUGCUCCUGGCCCUGGCCUGCUGUGCUUCUAACGUCACUUUCUUGCCCUUCCUGAGCCACCUGCCGCCUCCCUUUCUGCGGUCCUUCUUCCUGGGUCAGGGCCUCAGCGCCCUGCUGCCCUGCAUGCUGGCCCUGGCUCAGGGCGUCGGUCGCCUCAAGUGCCCACCAGCCACCUCCAACGGCACCCUGGGGCCUCCCCACUACUUCCCGGAACGCUUCUCUGCCAGCUCCUUCUUCUGGGCACUGACAGCCCUGCUGGUCACCUCGGCGGCUGCCUUCCAGGGUCUCCUGCUGCUGUUGCCAUCCUUGCCACCACCACCAUCUGUACCCACAGAGGGACCAGGUCCUGGCCUUCUGGAGGGGGCCCCACGAGCUGGUCCUGAGGAGGAGAAAGAGGUGGAGGAGGAGGUCUUGCCCCUGCAGGAGCCACCGAGCCAGGUGGCAGGCACCACCCCUAGCCCCGACCCCAAGGCCCACGGGCUGCUGUCGGCCCACAGUGUCUGCCUGCUGGGCCUGCUGACUGUCACCAAUGCUCUGACCAAUGGCGUGCUGCCCGCCGUGCAGAGCUUCUCUUGCCUGCCCUACGGGCGCCUGGCCUACCACCUGGCCGUGGUGCUGGGCAGUGCCGCCAACCCCCUUGCCUGCUUCCUGGCCAUGGGCGUGCAGUGCAGGUCCCUGGCGGGCCUGAUCAGUGUCACUCUGCUGGGUGUGUUCUUUGGGGCCUACGUGAUGGUGCUGGCGAUCCUAAGCCCCUGCCCGCCCCUGGUGGGCACCUCUGCAGGGGUGGCCCUUGUGGUGGUGUCCUGGAUGCUGUGUCUGGGCCUGUUCUCCUACGUGAAGGUGGUGGUGAGCUCCCUGCUGCAUGGUGGGGGCCGGCGGGCACUGCUGGCAGCAGGUGGGGCCAUCCAGGUGGGCUCGCUGCUCGGGGCUGUGGCCAUGUUCCCUCCUGCCAGCGUCUACCAUGUGUUCCGCAGUGGGGAGGACUGCGUGGACAUGUGUGGCCCCUGAGCUGGCCGGGCGGGGUCCUCGUCUGCCCACCUGUCUUCACCUCCCGGCUGCCUCAGUGCCCGCCUGCCCCCCACACACACUCUGGACACCUGCACACUCCUUGGGACCCUGGCACUCAGGCCAGGGUGGGGACCAAAGAGCAGGCAGGGCCAGGACAAGCCCGGGGCUUCGGGCUCAUGUCCUUCUCUGCGUGGGACCUGUUGUGGAAUUUGCAAAAUAAAGCCUGUUAUUUCUGCAGGAGGAUUCGUUACUCCUGACAGACCACACACACGCACACAUCUGGAGUACUAACCCUGCCUGUCCAGAGGGGCCCCCAGCCUCCACACUUCCCAGGACUCUGGCACAACUUCCAGGGAACCUGGUCCCCAGCCACCCCUAGGCUGCUCUUAUAGGUCCUAGUCCACCACCUGACCCCAGGACCACCCCCUCCUCUUUGGAGCCCACCACAAGAGAACUGCCUGGAGGUGGGGUGGAGGCCAGCUCCCAGGGCCCAGGGUCAGUCUUCUGGAGAGUUCUUCAGGACACCCCCCCUCAACCGCUGCAAGGUACCUCCUCCACAGGUGGCUCUGGAGGGGGUGGGGGCAGAGCCAGCUGGGGAUGACGGUCAGGCAGGAUGGGUGUCGUAGUUGUCUAGUGGUGCUAUAACAGAAACACUGCCAGUGGCUGGCCUUAACAAAGAAAAGUUUAUUCUCUCAGUCUAGGAGACUAGAAGUCAGAAUUCAC